AUGAUUACCGUUUUUUUAAAAAAUGACGUUCGGUUUAAUUCUGCUGAAGUUCGAGGUGCCAAGGCAUCAAGAGCAUCGCGUGAGAGUUACGGCGACAAAGCUAUAGGUUAUGUUCAACUAAGUCGUAAAAAUAAUAUUUGUAUUGUAAAAGGACGGGUAUGUCUAGAACAACGAGUUCGGAAUAAAGUCUAUUCAGUUACUUUAACUAUUAAUGAAAAGUUAAAAAAAAAUCAGGAUGUUCAAUGCCAUGACUGUGCAGCUUCAGCAGGUGGUUGCAAACAUGCAUUAGCAUUACUUAUGUGGACCCAUCGUAGAAGUGAAGAUCCGACACCAACAGAAGUCGCUUGCUAUUUGAAAAAAUCUCGAUUAUCAGGCAUUGGUACAGUUAUAAAAUUUAUUGAAGCAUAAAAACUGACAAAAAAACCUCUACUACUCCUGUUGAAAAUUUUCCGGAUAAUAGUACAUUUUUACAAGAAGUUGAAUUUGCCAAAAAUCACCAAAUAAAUUCUCAAAUUGGGCAAUUAAAUUUUGAUUUAGAAUCCAAAAAAGCUUAAAAUUUAUCAUUACA